AUCUCAAACAUAUGCGGUUAUGGGCUUUCCAAAGUCCAAAGUGGGGCUUGUCUUCUAAAAUUCAAGCUCCAAGGGAUCCAACCGGGCUCUAAUCUUCGAUUGGAGAAUUUUAAUAGGGUUUGGGACGGGCGAAAAAGAAAAAAAUCAAAACAGUACGAGUAAUAAAAAGAGGGAAAAGCUACUCUUUGCUUUCUCCUCCGUCGCCAUGUCUUCAAACAACCCAUCUCAGCUACUCCCAUCUGAGCUUAUUGAUCGCUGCAUCGGGUCCAAAAUCUGGGUCAUAAUGAAAGGGGACAAGGAGCUUGUUGGAACCCUUAGAGGAUUCGAUGUUUAUGUUAACAUGGUUCUCGAAGAUGUCACUGAGUACGAGAUCACAUCUGAGGGACGUCGGAUAACAAAGCUUGAUCAAAUUUUGCUGAAUGGAAACAACAUUGCCAUUCUGGUUCCAGGAGGUUCACCAGAUACAGAGUGAGUUUUUGUUUAAAAAAGAUCAUUAUUGCAACUCUUAUCUGUUUGUACAAGAUACAUAACAAUCUGUUGCCUGACCCUGUAGUCUGUAGGGUUAUUGUCACUAGUUACACAUCGCGGUUGACAUUUAUUUACUUUUUACUUCUAAUACUUCCAGCAUCUUUAUUGCAACCCUUACUUUUUACUGCAUUGAUUUACUUCAUUAGUGGUGAAAAAGUUGAUUUUACUGAAAAAGUUGUGGUCAUUAUAUGCUCUCUAGUUCAGAAGCAAAAACCAUGAGAUUUCUAUUUACACGGCAUUCACAGUAUGGCC